GACGUGAAUCAGAAGAUCCAGAGCCCGGUGCCGGACAUCUCGUGCGCCAAGCGGGCUGCCGAGGCGUUGUCGCAGAUCUGGGCGCCGAGUAACGCCGUGAGUCUAGGUGACGAAGGUGGCCUUGACAAGAUUACGGAGACUAUGUGGUUGUGGGGGGCAUCGCCUAGCGGCACCUCGAUUUCGAAGGAACCCCGCGGCCUCGGCAGCCUGAGGAUCAAUUUCGGCGAUCCUCUGCGCGUGAUCACGACGCCAGUGGCGAGGCUCACUCCUGUUGUCUACAACAUUACCAACCAGCCUGUGACGUCCAACGGCAGUCCUGCGGCAGCGGGGGCCGCGGCGCAGCGCGUCUACGGCGUCCGCCAGAGCGUCGCGCCAAUGCUCGAUGACAAUACCCAGCAACUCUCGAGCUUCAUGAUCGAAGCCGUCAUGGAUGUCUUGGUGAAGGAUCUUGCUGAACUGGGAUCGGGCCCCCAGACUUCUGCAGCGACGCGCAGCACGGCUGCUGUCAAGAAGGACUUGUCUGUUUUGGCGAAGUGCAGGUCCAGCCUCAAGGCCUGCGACGAGACUACUGCCAAGACAUUCGUGGCGAUGCUGGAGGCAGAUAACCAGAAGGUCAGGCAGCCAGAGGGCGAGCCCGAGGCGGCGGCCUCCGAUGGUGCCCCGGCCUCGUCCUUGCUGGUGGCGGUAAAAGCUGAGGCUGAGAAGAAGGAGAAGGCUGAGGCUGAGGCCCAAGCCGAGGCGGCCCAGGCUGAGGCUGAGGCGGCUGAGGAUGCAGCAGCUCGAGCGCCUGCCGAUGGCGCCGACGAAGAACGCGGAGACAUGAAGAAGGCCGCUGACGCGGAGGAGGCUGCCGUGACGCCGG